UAGAUGGCGAUAGUGUUUCCUUUCAAUGUUUGCCCACUUCCGUGAAAUCCAAACUAAAGAAGAAGAAGAGGCGGAAGUCGUUCGGAGCUCGUUGCUAACUCGCUGGCAACUCAUGUUGUUGUACUUGGACUUUGUCAAACAGUUAAUAUGAAUAAACUGAAUAAAGCAGAGGACUUUGACUCGUAUGAGAUCGAGGAGCCGAGUGACGAGGAGAGAGCCGAGAGCAGUUCGGAGGAUGAGCUGGACGUGCUGCUGAACGGGACUCCGGAGCAGAAGAAGAAGCUGAUCAGAGAGUAUCUGACGGGGGAGAGCGAGUCGUCCAGCGGGGAUGAGUUCGAGAAGGAGAUGGAGGCGGAGCUCAGCUCCACCAUCAGGACCUUGGAAGGAACCUGGGGACCAUCAACAGCAGCAGAAACCUCAGGAAGCGGAGGAGGAGGAGUCAGCGGUCCUGCACUUCCUAACUCUCAGCUGUACGAUGAGAUUUACUUCGACUCUGACUCAGAGGGGGAGGACACGCCAUGCAGCUCCACUGGCCGGAGGCGGAAACAGCGGACCAUACUGACCAAUGACGAGCUGCUGUACGACCCCGACGAGGACGACAGGGACCAGGCCUGGGUGGACGCCAGAAGGAGAGGGUAUAACAGCAGAAAACGACCAGCCGCAGCAUCUCGGUCGCAGCCUCGUCAGUCUCAGGGUUUACCCAGCAGCGACGCCGUCCUCAACUGUCCUGCCUGCAUGACGACGCUCUGCCUGGACUGUCAGAGGCAUGAAAAGUACCGAACGCAGUAUCGAGCCAUGUUCGUCAUGAACUGCGCGGUGAAGAAAGACGAGGUGUUACGCUACAAAACCCAGCAGGAGAGGAAACAGAGGAACAGGAAGAGGAGGAGGGGGCAGAAAACAGAAACACCCCUGGACCAGGCUCCCGACCCGACGCCGGCGGGGAUGGAUGCUGAUGAGGUUUACCACCCGGUUCAGUGCACCGAGUGCUCCACCGAGGUGGCUGUGUUCGAUAAAGACGAAGUCUACCACUUCUUCAACAUCCUGGCCAGCCACUGCUGAGACGGACGAGCAGACAGUUUUUUUAUUUCCUGGGUUUGUCUCUGACUCUUCAGCUCGCAGCAGCGCUCAGCUUCUUCAGCUCCAGCACUGAAGAAGAAGCUUCUUUAGCGUCCUGGUUGAGAGGGGAGGAUCCUGCUGCGGUUGCUCGGAGUGUCUCGAUCAAUCAGCCCGAAUCAGUUCAGAAACACUCCGAGUCGAUCACAUGGCUGGACAUUUCACUUGCCUGAUGAGGAGAAAAGGCUUCUGGAUCGCAGUGGAAAGUCAGCAGCACGUUGUCUGUCUGGGAACGUUUUUUGGACUGAAUACACAAGAGCCUGAAUUUUAAGGCCGAUACCGAUAUUAAUAUUUGAGAAUUACAAAAGCUGGAUAUUGAUAUAUUGGCUAAUGCCCAUUUUCUUCACUUUCACGUACUUAAACAUUUGUGAGAAAGCUUCCUGGUAACACUUUAGCUUAACCCCCCCCCCAUUUAAAAAUCAUAAUCAGUAUAUAAACAUAGAAUAAAUGGUUUAUAACACACUAUAAUGUAGUUGUAAGCAUAUAUAAGUGUUCAUUAAUGUAUUUGUCAACAACUACGGCCCGCGUCAACACAGCCGCCCCUAUUAUUUUCUAUGUACAACCCCCACACCGGCGGCGGCUCGGCGUGCUGCGACCCCUUACACAACUGUCCCCUUUCCACCCUCCCCGCCCUUGAAAUAACAGUUUUCCAGUUUGUUGCUUGCUGUAGUUUUAACUAUUUCACUUGUUCCUGUAUCUACAAGGCAAAAAUGUACAGAUAAUGAAUGACAACAUAGCAAAACACAGAUGCUAUAAAUGAUAUAAAAGACGUCUUCAUAGGAGACGUUAGAAUUGUUGACAAAUACUGUACAUUAAUAAACACUUAAACAUGUCCUUGUAUCUGCUUACAACUACAUUAUAGGGCUCAUUAAAUGUUUGUAUACUGCUUAUAAAUGCUGCGAAGGUAAAAUGUUAGCAGCUUGCUAACAUUUGUUUGUUUUGGGUUUUUUAGAAUUGUGACCCAGAAUCGUGGACCGAGAGGGACAUUUUACGGUUGCAAAUAAACUUGUCAGUGUUUUCUGAGACAUUGAUUGACCAAUCUGA